AUGUCCUCCUCCCCACCCACCUACGGCUUCCACACCACCGCCACCGCCGCCGCCGCCUCCCUCUCCGCCUCCAUCGCCGGCAAGACCGUCCUCACCACCGGCGUCACCCCCAACAGCCUCGGCGCGCACUUCGCCCUCACCCUCGGCGCGCACCGCCCGCGCCUCCUCAUCCUCGCCUCGCGCACGGAGUCCGCCAUCGCCGCCACCGCCGCCGCCCUCCGCGCCGCCCACCCCUCCGUCGCCGUCCGCGGCCUCGUCGUCGACCUCGCCUCCCUCGCGUCGGCGCGGCGCGCGGGCGACGAGGUCGCCGCCUGGCAGGAAGCGCAGGAAGAAGGCAUCGCGGCGGUGGUUGACGUCCUUGUCCUCAACGCCGGCGUCAUGGCGUGCGCGUACGCCGCCUCCGCCGACGGCUUCGAAUCCCAGUUCGCCGUCAACCACCUCGGGCACUUUGCGUUCGCCAACCGCGUCAUCCCUGGCAUGCUGGGCCCCGGCAGGCGGCCCCGCGUGGUGGUGGUGAGCAGCGAGGGCCAUCAGCUGAGCCCCGUGCGCUGGGCGGAUCCGGGGUUCUGCGCGGGCGAGGCGUAUGACAAGUGGCGCGCGUAUGGGCAGGCGAAGACGGCGAAUUGCUUGUAUGCGUGGGCGUUGGCGGAGAGGUUGGGCGGGAGGGGUCUGUUGGCGUUUAGUUUGCAUCCCGGGGCGAUUGCGACGAAUUUGGGGAGGCAUGUCGAUGUCGAGGGGGAGGAUUGGGUGCAUUUGAUGAGCGUCUUCGCCAGCAAUGGAAAUCCGCAGGGCUUCAAGGAGUACUGGGAGAAGAACCCGUUCAAGACUCUGGACGAGGGAACCUCGACACACGUCGUCGCGGCUUUUGCGGAUGGGCUCGAAAAGGAUAACGGCAAGUUCCUGAGAGACGCGCAGAUUUCGAGCUUCGACAUGGUCAGUCCGUGGGCUAGGAACUCGUAUGACGCAGAAAGGCUGUGGAAGAUGAGCGAGGACAUGCGCAUGGGUGUGGAAUCCCAACCCGGUUUUGCGAGGAUCAACAAGUACGACCAAAUCGACUUCCACGCGGAAGAGACGUACAUCUCCUACAAGUAA